CUUAGACGGAGAAAUAAUGGGACUCUGUGAUUGACGAUGGUUAUGCUCCGUAAUGUUUUGCCUUCGCAUAUAUUGCUGCAAGCAAAGGGAGAUAUCCGAUACCGUAUAAGAUAUAACUCUUUUGGUGCUUGUAGUGAAUUAUCCGCAUAUAGUUUCGGUCGGAGACCACUUUGUUCAGUUUCUAAACAAACAGGAGAAAAAUCGAUUCAGAACGCCAAGAGGAGGAUCCUCCCUAACGACGGUUAUACUCUACAAGACUUUGUGGCAGCGUCCCAAGUUCGUCAAGUCGGCAUUGCUUCAGCUUCCGGGGAGCUUAGAAAAGUUCAGUCUAAAGUAAAGAUUGGUUGGAAAGGACACCUUGGAGAUGUGAGGUCCACUCCUUAUGAAGAGCUUGGCACCUGCGACAAGGUAUAUAUGGAGACAUAUGGUUGUCAGAUGAAUGUUUCCGAUACGGACGUCGUUCAAGAGAUCCUCUCAAAGGCAGGUUUUGAGUUGACUGCUUCUUUGAAUGAUGCUACCAUAGUUCUGUUGAAUACUUGUGCGAUACGGGACAAGGCAGAGAGGAAAAUAUGGCACCGUUUGGAUGCUUUGAGACAAAAGCAAACUGAGGAGACUAAGAAACGAAUUGUUGGAGUUUUAGGUUGUAUGGCAGAGAGACUGAAGGAAAAGCUGUUGGAAGGAGAGCCAAGGCUGGCUGAUAUCGUUGUAGGACCUGAUAGUUAUAGAGACUUGCCAUACUUGUUAGCAGCAGUUUCUUCUGGAGAAAAUGAUGCAGCAGCCUACAAUGUACAAUUAUCUAUGGACGAAACUUAUGCUGAUAUAUCUCCUGUACGCCUCAAUGAACAAGGAAUAUCAGCUUUUAUAAGUGUCAUGCGAGGUUGCGAUAAUUUCUGUACUUUUUGUGUAGUUCCCUAUACUCGAGGAAAGGAAAGAAGUAGACCUGUGGAUACUAUUGUUUCACAUGUGCAACGGUUAUCGGAUAAUGGCUUUAAGGAAGUAGUGUUACUGGGACAGAAUGUCAAUUCUUAUAACGAUAUUUCCUCAGGGAAGACAGAUUCCCAUAUUGUUUAUAGUUCCGGAUUCAGUUCAGUUUAUAAGCCCAAGAAAAAGGGUAUAUCUUUCGCAGAACUGAUACGACGAGUCUGUGAAGUGAAUCCGAACAUGCGCGUUCGAUUCACCUCACCUCAUCCCAAAGACUUUCCAGAGGAGUUAUUAGAUUUGUACAAUGAAUAUCCCAAUUUGUGUCGUCAUAUCCAUCUUCCCGUACAAAGCGGAAGUUCAAAUAUUCUAAAGAAAAUGCGUAGAGGAUAUACAAAGGAAACUUAUCUUGCACUUGUGAAUCAUAUCAAGGAAAGGAUUCCAAACGUUUCGUUCAGUAGUGAUUUGAUUGUAGGUUUCUGUGGAGAAACAGAGUUUGACCAUCAGGAGACACUUGAUCUUUUGACAAAAGUGAAAUAUUCUCAAGCUUUUACUUUUGCAUAUUCAGAGCGCUCUAAUACUUUUGCUGCCAGACAUCUUGUUGAUGAUGUGCCUGCAGAUACUAAAGGGAGGAGGCUACAAGAAGUUAUUCAACUCUUUCGAGAAAUUGCUGAUAGAGAAAGUAUUCAACAUGAGAUGAAUUCAUUGAAGUUAGUAUUAGUGAAUGAAAUGGAAAUGAAGGAUGAUCAAGAGUACUGGGAUUUAUUCGUGCAUUCGAAACGCUUUAUCUGGAAUUACGAACGAGUUGGUUUCUAUUCAGAAAGGCGAUUACAUAGUCGUACGAGUUUGUCAACCAGGUGUACAGCGUCUUUACACAAAGCCAAUUGCUCGUUCAUCCAUUGAAGAGUUUCGGAAAAUCGAAGGAAACGUCAUGACAAAG